AUGGGCCCCCGUACCGACUCCUCAUGCUGCUGCCAGGCCCGUAAUCUGUCAUGGGCCCCUGUACCGCCUCCUCAUGCUGCUGCCAGGCCCGUAAUCUGCCAUGGGUCCCCGUACCGACUCCUCAUGCUGCUGCCAGGCCCGUAAUCUGUCAUGGGCCCCUGUACUGCCUCCUCAUGCUGCUGCCAGGUCCAGAGUGUGUCAUGGGUCCCUGUACGGCCUCCCAUUGCUGCUGUCUCCAUCGCCACACUCUGCCAUGUGCCACUUUCAGGUCUCCUCACACUGCUGGUGGGUUCCAUUUUGUCAUAGGGUGCUGGCAGAUUACGGGCCUCCCAUUGCUGCUGCCAGGCCCAUAAUCUGCCAUGAGCCCCCGUACCGACUCCUCAUGCUGCUGCCA